UCUAGACAUUGGCAUCUCGGUAAAAAAAAGAGGAGAAAAAGAGAGAAAACUGCAAGCCGUCUUCUGCUACCUGCGAGAUAGAUGAUGCUACACCGUUGAGAGAUGACAACAAUUCGAGCACGUUCUGUACCGUCGUGCAGGUGGAGCCUCGUCAUCGGGAUCUUGCUGCUGUGCGAUGUGUCGCAACAUGUGUCGCGCGGCGAGAACGCAGUUAACCUAAGCACCAGCGGGAUCGUCACCGAGAACAGAUCCGUCACCGCGGCCUCGGUGACGGACGCCUCGGCCGUACCGAGUGUCACAACGAAUGUCAGCGUGUUGUCACACGAGUUAUCCAGCACCGUGCGAUCCGCGAUUGAUACGAGUCAAGUCGUCAGUCGCAAUGCUAGUUCAACCAGUUCAACCGCCAAACCACCAGCACCGACCUCUGCCGCGAGCACGGCGCGGCCGGAGGAUGUCGCGAGCCACCGGACGACCGAGAAAAGCUUCGCGACGUCGCCGAGCCCCGACAGGAACACGACGGACGUUGUUCCCGUGCCGUCGCAGAGCCCGGCGGAUGCCGCCAACUCGACCAAUGUCACCGCGAGCAACGUCACCACGACCACCGUCGCUCCGGCGGAGCCGGUCCUCCCCGACAAGGGCUCCGCCGAGGAGGAGCACAACAGCUCCAUGUCCAUAUUCUUCGUGCUGUGCGUCCUGGCGCUGGGCAUACUGCUGAUACACCUGAUGCUGCAGACGAAUUUCCAAUACCUGCCCGAGUCGGUGGUGAUCGUCUUCCUGGGCGCCGCGAUCGGCAUGAUCAUAAACCUCAUGUCGCAUCAGAACAUAGCGAACUGGAGGAAGGAGGAGGCCUUCUCGCCGACCGCGUUCUUCCUGGUUCUACUACCGCCCAUCAUCUUCGAGUCCGGCUACAAUCUGCACAAGGGAAACUUCUUUCAGAACAUCGGCAGCAUCAUGGUGUUCGCCAUCUUCGGGACGGCCAUCUCCGCGUUCGUCAUCGGCGCCGGGAUAUAUCUGCUUGGUCUGGCACAAGUGGCGUACAAGCUCAGCUUCGUCGAGAGCUUCGCGUUCGGGUCGCUGAUAUCGGCGGUGGACCCGGUCGCCACGGUCGCGAUCUUUCACGCCCUGGACGUCGAUCCGGUCCUGAACAUGUUGGUCUUUGGUGAAUCGAUUCUGAACGACGCCAUCUCCAUCGUGUUGACCACCUCCGUCCUGGAGUCCAACAACGCGGCGACGACCAGCGAGGCUAUCAUACUCGGCUUGAAUCGGUUCUGCCUCAUGUUCUUCGCGUCGGCGGGCAUCGGCGUGGUGUUCGCUUUGAUAAGCGCGUUGCUGUUGAAGCACGUAGACCUCAGGAAGAAUCCGUCUUUAGAGUUUGGCAUAAUGUUAGUGUUCACAUACGCCCCGUAUGUUUUAGCGGAAGGCAUACAGCUGUCAGGAAUUAUGGCGAUUCUGUUCAAUGGAAUAGUCAUGUCGCACUACACGCAUUUCAACUUGUCAACUGUUACACAGAUUACGAUGCAACAGACAAUGCGUACGUUAGCCUUCAUUGCUGAGACCUGCGUCUUUGCUUAUUUGGGAUUAGCAUUGUUUAGCUUUAGACAUAGGUUCGAGCCAGCACUAGUCGUUUGGUCGGUGAUCUUGUGCCUGAUUGGAAGAGCCGCCAAUAUCUUUCCUUUGGCCUUGCUCGUGAAUCGUUUCCGCGAGCAUCAAAUCACGAGGAAGAUGAUGUUCAUCAUGUGGUUCAGCGGCCUGCGCGGUGCCAUAUCAUACGCGUUAUCGCUUCAUUUGGAUUUCAGCGAUGAAACGCGCCACGUUAUUAUAACGACGACGCUUAUCAUCGUAUUGUUUACGACCUUGAUAUUCGGCGGGUCCACGAUGCCUCUGCUGAAAUUCUUGAGGGCCGAAAAGAAGCCGAAGAGCAACAGUAGGAGGAAGAAGAAGGAUAAGGAAGUUACAUUGAGCAAAACGAGAGAAUGGGGACAAACUAUAGAUUCUGAGCACUUGUCGGAACUCACGGAGGAGGAAAUGGAAGUGUCCUUCUUGCAAUCGCGAAUUCGCGGUUUCGCGAGGUGGGAUCUGAAAUUUUUCAUUCCGUUUUUCACGAGACGAUUCACGCAGCAGGAGCUGAAGGACUGCAAGUCGCAGAUGACGGAUUUGACGAAUCAAUGGUACCAAGCUAUUAGAAUCAGUCCAAUAGAAUCGGAUGACGAGGCGACUACGGCAUCGACCGCGCAAUUAAAUCUGAACAUCACUGGAACAGCUAAGGGGCAACCGCCGCACGGGAAGGAGAAGAACGGACGUCCUAGACACGGUGCUGAGGAGGAUUGGUCUGAUUAGUUCAACUUAUUCCCACAAGUAUAUUUUUCCCCUGCGGAUUAAUCUCUUGUUCCACGUGUAAUUCUUUAAUCGCGCAAUACUUGUUGAAUUCGAUGAAGAUUAUUUAUACGAUCUGAUACCUUUGUUGGUAUUAGAGAUGUGUACAUACAACAGAUUUCUAUUUGUGUUACUCUUGUUAUGCAUAUUUGUAAUUAUUCUAAAAUUAAUAUUGUAUGAAAGUAAAAUUAUAAUAACCAGGAAACAACGAAGUCGGUCACAGUAAUGUGCAUAACGAUAGUAUAAUGUUGUAUAUUUUAUCAUUUAGCAUUAUUUUAUCCAAUUAUGUGAUAAUUAUUAUUUCAAUAAGUAACAAGUUAUUCGAACAGAACUCGCAAACGAUUUAAUUAGCGGUAGUAAAUUACUGAAAUUGACUGAAAAAAUUUAAAACAGUCCCUAUUCAUUGUCAUCUCUUUCACAGAAUUGUUUAAUUGUAUUUAUAAAAAAAAAUGUCAUCUGCGUUUUUACAACAUCCCAAUAUUUUUCAGUAUUUAUAGUACAAAAUGGAUUGCAUUUUUGGUAUCGCUAAAUAUGUCUGUACAGCGUGUUGAAGGUAUUUUGAUUUAAACAAUCAGAAAAUGUGAGAGAUUGAAAUUAAAAAGAUCUGUUUCCUAGUUUAUUAAUUAUCCGCGACGAUGUUAUUGCGAGAAGGGAAUACGUAUGCCGUCAUGCGAAUAGUUUACGAGCACGUGUUUCGUAUCGUAUCACUCGUGGGAGGGACUGCGUUAUCUUGCUUCCUUGAGGCCGAGCGUUAACCCAGCGUGUUACGUUUUGUAGCUAGAAACCAGCUGGCGAAAGAUAGCACCGUCCUACGUUCCGCUGUAAUGUGAUUCGAGUUGAAUUAUAAUAUAAAAUGAUAUUUGGCGGGCGACACGGAUUUAUCCUUGUAACUGGCGCGGUGUAUCAACGAAAAAAUUGCGAGACGAAUUCUGUUCAAGUGUUCUCUUCGUCCACCGUCUGAAAUACGCAUAUUUAGAAAAAAAAAACGUGAACAUAUUGUACAUUACACUUUGUACGACCGUAGUCACAGGGACAAUAAAGGUGAUAUAAUUUGUGAUAUACAUAUAUAAAUAAACUCACGUGAGCGAA